AAGCCAUGGUUGUCUAUUUACUAGGGUAACCAAAAUAUUUAUGAAUGAUUUCAAAUAAAUACCGCGAAUAAAGGAGUUUGAUGUUAUUUAAUGAAUUAGAAAUCUGCCUUAACCUUUAAAGAGCUUUAAGAUUGUUGUUUGUUUGUGUGUGUGUUUAAAUAUGUUUUACUACUCUUUAAAUUCUGUUUUUGAUUUUGUUAGAAGUGCACUGUGACACUAUUUUCUUUAGCAUUAGUUCAACAUGUCUCGUGUAUUUGUUGUAACUGGAUCUAAUCAAGGUAUUGGGAAAUCUAUUGUUAAACUGCUUCUUCAAAACAAUGAGAAAAAUAUUGUUUAUCUUACUUCAAGAAACAAAGAAAAUGGGGAAGCAGCAGUCAAAGAUCUGCAAGAUCUUGGUUUGCAACCCGCCUUUCAUCAACUGGAUAUCACUGAUCGAAAAAGUAUUGAAACUUUGCGUGACUACUUAGUGGAAAAACAUGGUGGUUUGGAUGUUUUAGUUAACAAUGCUGGAAUGGCCUACAAGUCAGCAAGCAAUGCUCCAUUUUCAGAACAGGCUGAAGUUACUGUUAAUUGUAAUUUCUUUGGUACACUGGCUGUUUGUGAUAUAUUAUUUCCAAUUUUAAAACAAAAUGGUAGAGUUGUUCAUUUAUCCUCUACGUUAGGUGCCUUUACUUGGCCAAAGCUGAGCAAGCACAGACAGGACCAAUUAAAGGAUGAAAAUUUACAAAUAGAAGAUUUGGAAAAAUUGAUGAAAGAAUUUGUAAAUGAUGCUAAAGACGACAAGGUACUUGAAAGAGGUUGGGCAAAAUCUGCAUACGGUGUAUCGAAACUGGGAGUAUCAUUGAUGCCACAAAUCCAACAGAAAGAUUUGGAUAUACGUAACCCUGAAAAAAAUAUUCUUGUAAACUGCUGUUGUCCUGGAUUUGUAAACACGAGUAUGACAGGUGGCAAUCAUGCAACUGCUCUUACUCCUGAUGAAGGCGCAGACACACCGACUUAUUUGGCAUUGCUACCAAGGGAUGUGAAUGAACCAAAAGGUUGUUUUGUAAAAUCAAGAAAAGUUACUCCAUUUCCACCGAAAUAGAUAAAAAAAUAACAUAUAUAGUUCACAAAAUGAUUUUUUUCUUUCUUGUAAAAGCAUUUAUAUUGAUGAUAUAUCCCAUUUUAUACUUAACUAAAAUAUUAUUUUUAUGUUUCCUAGUGUACAUAAUAAAAGUAUUGUUGAAAUUGAGAGAACAAAGAUUUGAAAAUAUUGUACGCAUGUAAACAUAUUUUUUUUAAGAAGUAACAUACAUAUUGAUUA